GGUAGUGGGUCACAGAUAGUAAGAUACAAGCAAAACUGUCACGAAGCAUCCAAGUCAUUUCUUUGGAAACUUGAAAUAUCUUUGUGCCGUCUUGAUAAAAUGGCUACGUCAGUGUGGCUGAGAAGCAACUCAAGGCAAGGGAAUUUCAUUUAUACGAGAUUCAUCAGUGCAGGGAAAUGUCACAGAUCAGUUAGGGCCUUUUCAGCAUCUAGCAACGAGCCAGAAGAAAAGGCGCCUCACUUUAAAAGAAGCUCAGUAGUUCAUCCUCUCUCAGCUCAUAUCAAAAUGGUGAUGCAAGAGAAACCAUAUACCCUCCCCCAUCCAAUCUGGACUGAAAGUGAACUCAAUGAAGUAACCAUCACUCAUGUAAAACCUUCUUUAUUUGUAGACAAGGCAGCAUAUGCAUCUGUUCAGACACUGAGAUUCUUCUUUGAUGUGUUUUCUGGUUAUUAUAUUGGUAAAUUUCGUGGGACACUUAAUGAGAAGAAAUGGCUAACUAGGAUAAUAUUUCUCGAGACUGUGGCAGGCGUCCCAGGAAUGAUUGCUGCCAUGCUGAGACACUUGAGAUCAUUGAGAUAUCUUCAAAGAGAUCAUGGCUGGAUACAUACGCUACUAGAGGAAGCUGAGAAUGAAAGGAUGCAUUUACUAACAGCGCUUGUAUUAAGGAAACCUGGCUUCCUUUUUAGAUUUGCUGUCAUUGGUGCUCAAGGAAUAUUUGUGACAUUGUUUUCAGCUGCCUAUAUUAUCAGUCCCAAGUUUUGUCAUAGGUUUGUUGGGUAUCUGGAAGAAGAAGCUGUCAAGACUUAUACGCAUUGUUUAGAGUGUAUUGAUAGAGGGGAUUUGAAAGUUUGGGCUAAAACAGCUGCUCCUUCAAUUUCUCAAAAAUACUGGCAGCUACCAGAAGGAGCUAUGAUGAGAGAUGUGAUACUAGCAAUAAGAGCUGACGAAGCUCAUCAUUGUGAGGUCAAUCAUACUCUUUCAUCUAUGGACAUGGAUAAACAGAAUCCAUUUGAACCUGGGAAAUAAUCAAAACUUUUGAAUUCAUUUUUACUCGUCAUUAUUUAUUUUUUCAUCAUCUUUUCAUUAUUUUUUUGGUGGAAUUGAUUUCUUUUUUUAACCCCCAUAAUGAUUAAGAUGGCGGUCAAAAUGGAGCUGUUUACUCGAUUUUGUAGUGGGUCCUUCGCCAAGCUCUUGCCUUCCUGUGGUGGACUAUUAUCUCAGAGCCCUUGGAACAAUACUGUACGCUCUUGCAGUGGUGUUGCUGGUAACGUCACGUGGCUAAAGAAAUGGGGAAGGAGAGACAUGAAGAGGAGGAGAAUGGUUGCUGAGUAUGCUGAUCACAGGCUCAGACUGAGGGUGAUUAAGAAGUCGAAUAUGCUGCCUGUCCAAGUAUUACAAAAAGCUAAGGCAGAUUUAGCUGCACUUCCAAAAGACAGUUGCAUGACUCGUGUUCGUAAGCGUUGUACUAUGACUGAUCGGUCUAGGGGUAUUGUUACA